CAAGUCAACUAUGCGUGUCAAGAGCUUUCUGGAUUGUUUAUAAGCUCAUUUCUUGUGUGAUCAUCUUUCAUAAGUUCCUCUAAAUCUCUAACUAAUUUUUUCAAGAAUUUCCGAGUCUUGAUUCUCCAAGCAAAAUGGCUCUGCAAAAUAUGCCUAGUGCGAGAUCCGUGCUCUCAGUAAUUGCACCUCUCGCUGCUUCUGCCGUUUUACUCAGAAGCAUCUCUAGUGACUUUGUUCCUGAUGAACUAAACACUUAUGUUUCCUCCAAGCUCUACAAAAUCUUCAAGUACUUCUCCUCGGAGUUCACCAUCGUCAUUGAAGAAUUCAGGGGUCUUUCGCGUAAUCAAGUUUUUGAGGCCGCUGACAUCUACUUGUCCACCAAAGUCACUUCAUCCACCACUAGAGUGAAGCUUGGCAUGACUGAGAAAGAGAAAAAUGUGGCCAUCACAGUGGAUAAAAAUGAGGAGGUCUUUGAUUCUUUUGAAGAUUUACAGGUUAAGUGGAAGCUGAUAAGUACUGAAGUCAAGUCAUCGAGCCAUGGAGGCCCUGGAUCACACUUGAGAGACCUUAAUGCAACUCUGAGAUCCGAGGUGAGGUCGUAUGAGCUGAGUUUUCAUAAGAAGCAUAGAGCAAAGGUGGUGACAGCCUACUUGGCUCAUGUUCUUGAGACGUCGAAAGCUAUCAAGGAAGAAACCAAGGCGAUCAAGAUACGAACAGCAGAGUAUGAUAACUGGGAUUCUGAGGGGACUAAUCUUGACCAUCCAAUGACAUUCAAGAAUUUGGCUCUGGACUCAAAGCUGAAGAAUGAGAUUAUAGAGGAUUUGGAGAGGUUUAAGAAUGGAAAGGAAUUCUAUAGAAGGACUGGAAGGGCUUGGAAACGCGGAUAUCUGCUGUAUGGACCUCCUGGUACUGGCAAAUCAAGCUUGGUUGCUGCAAUGGCUAAUUAUCUCAAUUUUGACAUCUAUGACUUGGAUUUAACAGAGGUGACUAAUAAUUCGGAUCUUAGGCGAUUGUUGCUUUCUUUGUCCAGCCGCUCUAUACUUGUCAUUGAGGAUAUUGAUUGUUCGAUCAAACUGCAAAAUAGGAACUCCAAGGAUGAUCCUGAAGUGACUAAAGAAGAUAAGGUGACACUUUCAGGGCUCCUGAACUUUAUUGAUGGUCUUUGGUCUUGUUGUGGAGAGGAACGAAUCAUCAUCUUCACGACCAAUCACGUAGAAAAACUGGAUCCAGCAUUACUAAGGCCAGGGCGCAUGGACAUGCAUAUACUCAUGUCUUACUGCACAUUUUCUGCAUUCAAGCAGCUAGCUUUCAACUAUUUAGGCAUCCUUCAGCACCCAUGUUUCACCCAGAUUGAAGACCUUCUACAAAGGGCAGAUUUAACUCCUGCAGAGAUUGCAGGAGAGUUGAUGAAGAGCACCGAUCCUGAAGUUUCUAUCCAUGGCCUUCUUAGCUUCCUUGAGCACAAAGUAGCGGAACAGAGCACAACAAAAACCGAGGCAGAAGCAUGCAGUGUUCAAAAACCGCUGAAUGGACUUGGGCAGCAGAUAGAAUGUCAAAGCAUAUUAUAAACUUCACAAGUCCCUGCAGACAGUGAGUUGAAAAAAAGUGGAACUCUCGUAGAAUUCCAUCUAUAUAUUAUGAUUCAGCACUCCGCGGCUCCUCCUACAUAACCAUAUAGAGCAAAUUGAAGUCUCAAUUUCAGAAUAACUUGUAUUGUUAGUACUUAUUAUCAGUCUCAGUGCUGUAUUUGCUUUUGCAGCAAAAUGAGUACUGGUAGGCUUGAAUGCCUGUUUAACUCAAAAUACUUAUUUGCUUCAAUUGUAGCAAACAUUGCAUCCUUAUAAUUCUGUAUAACAUACACAUGCUACAACAUAAAAACAUCCCGAAUAUGCUAUUUUUGUUUAUGGAA